UAACUGUGAUUAAUUAUUUAAUUAAAUUUUAUUACUUAGAAAUAAGUUUGAACCGUUUGUAUGAAAGACACUGCAAACAAGUUUUCUAGUUUUUGUUACAAAGAAAAAUAACCGUUAGAACUGAGAAAACAUGAAGAUAAAUUUAAGAAUAAAAAUAACCUUUACUUUCAUCAUGCAGACUCUAUUUUUUUUAGGUAUAAGAACAGCGAGAAACUUUAUAAACCACCUUUCUCUAUUUCUUCGUAACUCUUCCGUCUUUCUAAAACGAACGAUACGAACUCAGCCAUGACAUCACGGCGCGCUACACGAUCGAUGACGUCACUUCAUCGGAACUCAUUGCCGGUUCCUGACGAGCUCGCUAUGGAGAUCUUCUCGAGGCUGCCGUCGAAGGCGAUAGCGAGAUGUCGUUGCGCAUGCAAGCUCUGGUCCUCCAUGCUUCGCCGUCAAGAUUUCACAGACUUCUUCUUGACCAAAUCUUGCGCUCGUCCUCAGCUCCUUUUCGCCUGCAAUGAUCACAGCGUCAGUAAGUAUGUCUUCAUCUUGUCGCCUCAGCCUGAAAAUCCGGAAGAGAACUCGCAUGUUGUAGCCUCCAAUCAUCUUGCGUGUUUCCCAAGUUCCUAUGAGUUAUUUGGUUGUACGAAUGGCUUCUUGUGUUAUGGAGCUAAGCGGAUCUUGGAGGGGAGGAUAAAUCCAGCGUAUGUCCCGGUGAUAUGUAACCCUAGCACGGGACAGUCUUUGAUCUUACCAACAUUGAAGUCGAGGAUGAGGUUUGGAAUCGAGAGCUAUCUUGGAUAUGAGCCCAUUGCGAAAGAGUUCAAGGUGUUGUCAAUGGAAAGCUCGUAUGUAAGUGGUCACUCUGUGAGGCACCAAGUUCUGACAUUAGGAACCAAGAAACUGUCAUGGAGGUUGGUCGAGUGUUGCAUCCCACAUCGUUCUUCAAGUCAGUGGAUAUGCAUCAGUGGUGUUCUUUACUACGCAGCUAGAGCAGUCGGAUCUUCAGUGAAUUCUAUGGUAGUUUCUUUCGAUUUGAGGUCCGAGAAGUUCAGCUCUGUCAAGUUCGGUAAAGCAAUGCCUGAUUCAACAACUCUAGUAAACUACGAUGGGAAACUAGGUUUGCUUAUGUCUGGAGAUUCUCAUGAUGUUACUCGAUCAAGAACAAGUCUUGAGCUGUGGGUUCUACGAGAUGCUGCAAAACAAGAAUGGUCCAAGCAUGUAUAUGUAUUACCAUCUUCUUGGGAGGAUGUAGUUUCAGAGGACAUGUGCAUUGCUGGAAUGGUUGGUGUAAAUGAAAUCGUCUUGGCCCCCUGGUCCCAAAGAGUGCCUUCCUAUGUCAUCUACUUCAACGUGGAGAGAAAGACGAUCACAAAAGUUGGAAUCCAAGGACCAGAAGCGUUUACGGGUAAGAGAUUCUACACCUAUCUCAACCAUGUUGAGAAUGUGAAGCUUCUUUAAGUAAGAGAUGAGUAGUUUGAAAAUCCACCUCUUGUGGAAGUUUCAACAAGCGGUUGAUAGAUAAUCUUCUUGUUACAACUCCUUAAAAAUGUAAAUACUAAUCCAAAAUAGAGAAGUUUAGAAUGUGAUCUUUCAGUGCUGUGAUAGAGAGAGUAAGAGUAAAUGAGCAGAAUGUUACUAGUUUGUCCGGACCCUUGUAGAUGAUAUGAUAAAUCACAAGUUGUACAUUUGACUUUUUGUGCCGUUUUUGAUUGUAUCAAGCAGAAUCUGAGUUACAUUCUUCGAGUGUUUAUCACAAAGUCAAAACUUUGUAAGAGAUCACCGAGAAAACGUACAAAAUUAAGAAGUUGAAGGAAGAGCUAUAGAUGAUGAUGAUGAUUCAACUCUUAAGAAGCUCGAUCCAAACUUAGAUGUUUAUUCUCUUCCAAGUAAACGUUCAAAUCACUAUGAUCGAAAGUAUAAUGAAUUUACUUGUAACCAUUUUGCUGAAAGCAACCUGAACAGAAUAUGAUUAUGGUUUCAUGUACAUGCACACACAUAUUAUUUUUUGACCAAAGGUUUACAUUUACGUACAUUAAGGCAUAGUUUAAUGAUAUUUUCUUAAUAGAAGUCAAUACAAAUUUUAAAAGUAAAUUAGCUGCAUUAAAAAACAGAGGUAUGAUGGAAUAUUAGGUUCGGAUUUAUCCAGAGAAAACGGAAAGUUUGAACACGUUUAUUUGGAACUGAAGAACCAAACUGAACUGAAAUGAAAAAUAAGGUUGGGUCAGAUUCAGAUCCUAUCAACCAAUGUUUUUAAACCCGAUUUGGAUACUGAACCGGACGA